CUAUCCUUACACCUUUGGCCGGUCGUUUACCCUAAACUUAUCAAAAUUUAGUAUCGAAUUGAUCGGCUUAUCUAGGAACAAGAAGGCUGUCAACAGCGGAUUACGAGCUUGACCACGGAAUUAAGUGUACUCACGAAGUUCCUUUUCACACAGCAAGACAGCAUGAGUUUCGGUUUCUCUCCAGGCGAUAUUGUCCUUUUCCUUGAAUUCGCUACAAAGGUUGUCAAGGCCUUGAAAGAGGCAGGUGGUCAAGAUCAGAAUAUCUUAUUGCUCAACAACAAUGUCAAGGCUUUCUCAAGACAAUGGACGACGUCCAACACCUUGAUCUUUCAGAUGUGUCGGAGUCAUUUCGAAGCCAAAUAAAGGAGUACUCGACACACUCAUGGGAAUUUGUGAAUUAUUUCAAAAGGGCCAUUGACAAGUACGAGAAAUCGAUGGGAAAAUCCUCUCAGCGCAGAUUCCUAACAAGUGCUCCAAGGAAGGUCCAAUGGGCUUUUAACGCGGCUGAUGAUCUCGAAAAAUUCAGACAGAGCCUUUCUGCCCAGCUUAAUCUCGUCCACAUCACAAUAUCAAAAUCCAUUUUGUCAAUCGUAGCUAGGUCCAAUCAAUCGCAACAACUUCUACCAGGACCAGCGCGCAGCAACGCGUUCAGCAGAGAAAUUUAUCCUGCUAGUCAUAAACAAGGCUAUCUUGAUUGGAAUUACAUUCAGAUCGACAGCGUUGAUAUGCUUGAUCGAGUUGAUGAUAUUACUGAUCUUGUGUAUAAGAGCCUUCUCGCAAGGUCAGGUUUGUCGCUGACCAACCAUGGAAGAGUUCACACUCUACCUGACGAUGCUAGUAUGAGCGUGUCAUAUCCACAGCUUGAAACUCUUUCAGAUGGUCGUACUCCACCCUUCACCGACCACUCAAAUGAAUUUCCCAUUUUAAAUCAACAGGAUAUUGAAUUAACAAAUAAGCGAACAUAUUCGGGGCACCAGGACACUUUAGUAAGCGAAAUAAACGAGUACCUGCGUUCAUUAAGCUUGGAAGAACUCUCCGAGCAGGAGGCAGAACAUGUCAAUCAAAUCGAAAAAAGUUCAGAGAUUUCUACUCAAUGGACCUGGAGAAUACACUUCCGAACCGCUCCCACAACAAACCAAAAAUAA